AUGGCUGCAUUGAUGAUGGGAGCGUGUGGGUUGACAAAUAAUCAAAUUGAUGCCAUGUCAAAAUUGAUAUCCAUAAUAUUACUAAUGUCCAAUGUUCCUAAAAAAGUCGUUAACACUGCUAUGAGUUCUUCAACCAUGCAAAGAAGAUUUAUGUUAAUUUCCAAAAAAAACAGAUAUGACCUACAACUAAUCUUCAAACAGUGUGACUAUUAUACACUAAUGGCGGAUUCAGCAAUGUAUAGUGGGGUUGAAUACUUUUCGCUCUUUGUAAGAUUUGUGUUUUCAGAUGGACUAUUUGAAGAAAAGAGAGUCAAAAUAGAAAACUAUGACGGCAAAACAGAUGCUGCGGGGUGGCUCAGUUGGAUAAUGAAAAUAUUGGAAUUGAUGGAUGCUGACCUCAUCAAAUGCAUUGGUGCUUAUUUUGAUGGAGCUUAUGUUCUGAUACGAAAUGGUUGGCUCUCUGGUAAACUCCUGGCUAAAAUAAAAGAGAGAGACGGGCUGAACGGAUUUGAUUCAAACUACUGCUUUUCACAUAGAACAAAUAAAGCGACUGAAAAGUGUUUUGAAUCGCAAUGGGGGCUGGCUAUUGAAAGUUUCUUGGACGGGUUAACAGUUCAGGCAACAAGAACAGCGUGGGAUCAAUUCUGUGCCAAAAAUCAUAUCAAAGGUGCAGUUCUCAAAUUGGUUCAACGAUCCGAAACAAGGUGGCUCCAAACAGUAUUGAUUCUUGAUAAUAUGUUUGAAAAUUUGCCUUCACUUCAAGAAUUUUACAGUGAAAGAGAACAAUACCAAAAACCUUUUGGACCUCGCAACAUUAUGGGUGAGUGUAAUGUCAACUGCAAAUUUGUUUGUUGCGUGUAUGUUCUUCACUCAGAUAGUGCUCAGUAA